UCGUUUUAGUUGCUCUCGGUUUCACGGGUUCAGGGCUUCUCAGGUGCUUGGUUGGCGCAGAGGUGACGGAGUGGGAGGGCGCGGAGAGAGUCGCUGUCCUCAUCGCUGAGGCGGCUGCGAGGCGCCCUCGCCCCCGCCCGGUCGCCCGCCGCGUCCCGCCCCGCUCUUCCCACUGGUCGGAGGCGGAGGCCGCGCCGGUGAAGCCGGCGCAGGGUCCCAUGGCGGUGGCAGAAAUGCUUAUGGACCCCGUGCAGGUGAGUGGAGGGUGUCGCACCUUUCAGCCAUCCCGAUUGUCACCCAGGUAGUUUUGGCAUGCUGUGUAUAUGCCCUCAGGGAGUGGCAGUGUCCUGUCACAGGAGCCUUCUCCUGUCCUCACUCUCUUGAGCCUGAGGACCAUGUGCUUCCCUCAGGCCCGGGAUCCUACAUUUGGUAUUAGAUUGUAUGUGGAGGGGUUCCCGUUUCUAACAAGCGAUGCGGUAAGACGUGGCAGGGAAUCCUGGCUGCAGGAUUCAGAAUGUUCACUUGCCUGUAGGUGCGACUUAGCUGGGAUGUUGGGGAAACUACAGGUCUCUCAUACCUGGUAAGAAUGGGAAGCCAGGUUGGGGGUAGGUAGGUGCACGGGUACCAGACCUUCAGUGACAGCUGGGGUUUGGGGUCUCCAAUCUGAGGUUGGUGGGAAGCAGGGAAGGUUCGAAACAGAAGAGGAAGGUGGUGUGACCCCAAUUUUAACAGGCUCCCUUUGCGGAGUGGAAAACACAGGGGGGAGGGGGUGUGGGUGAAGGUAGGGAGGCCCGGGCGACAGUGUGGGUGAGUGUUGUGGCCGCAUGGGAGCGGUGGCUGUGGAAGUAGAGGAGUCGCUGGUUUCUGGGUGUAUUUUGAAUCAUGGCUGCUCAUAUUUUGUGACGGAGAGACUCAGGGAGAUGAGGAGGUGGGAUAGAGGGAAGGGUUGGGGUGUCCCGGGUUUUUGGCCUUGUUUGCAAGGAUGGGUGCUUCAACUAAAAUGGAGGAAGUCAGCUGUACGAGGACUUUCCAGGUGGAAUGUGAAGACUCCAUUUUCCUCUAGUCUCAGACAUUCCAGGGGCCCCAAGGGGAGGGGUCACGUGGGCACUUUGACACGGAGGUCUGGAGCUCUGGGGAUAGAUUCAGGUUGGAGGCAGCCGCGGUGUGGGGGCUGGGUGUGGGCUCGGAGGAGCUCUGGACCAGCUCCGGGAGGUAGCAUCGCUAGGUCGUGGGGGCGAUGCCAUUAGGGGAGCAGGGAUGGGACAAAAGGUGUGGCCUGAGUACGGGGUUCCUUGAUUGGGCACCUGGGUGGGGUUCCAGGCCCCCUAAAGCUGAGGAAUCCGAGUGUCUGUGUGUGAGUGUGUGUGAGAGACAGAACAGAGAGGGAGAGAUGGUGGGGUAGGAGCGAGAAAGUCUUCUGAGACCGGCGUGCACAUGAGCCAGAUGUUAGGGGGGUGGUGGAUCAGCUUGAAGAGCUGCCAGACCUAACGUGGAUGGGUGUGUGGGUGCGACAUGAGUGUCCCUGGCCUUCAAAGGAGACGGGGAGGUUCUGACUGCUUACGGGACAGUUGGUUAUGGGGCGGUGGGUGGAAUAGAGAAGGUGCAGGGGCUGAAGGUAUGUGAGGUCCUCACGUGGGCAGGGUGGCUGAGGAUGAAGCAAGAAGCAGGGCCUGGCAGGGGGACCGUUAAAGCAAGGCUGGAGGCUGGCCUGGCGCUGGGGGACCUGGGGACUCCCUGUGUUCAGGGGCAGAACUGGGCCUGAAUUGGAUCCUGGAUGCAUCUCCAUGCACUGCCUGGGUUCCAUGUGCAGAAUGGCCUCUGGGGAAGUGAAGGAAAUGCCAGCGUGGGCCCGGGGUGUCUGGGGGGUGUCUGUGGAGGGGUCAGCGUCGGGAGGGAGAGGAGUCCCAGGAGCGAUAUGCAGGUAAAGAGGAGUGUGGAUAGCUCCAGGUGCUUAAGGGAAAGGGACGAGUCCGAGUUCACUGGAGAGUCAGACCCGGGGAACCCCAGGGAAACUGGCCAGCGGGAGAUGGGGAGAGGCCCACAUCGCUCAGCCCACAGGCUACGUGGGGUCUUCCUCCCUUCAUGCUGUGCUCUGAACACAGCGAUCAGUGGUAACGAGAGCAGGCGCCAGUGCCACCAGCAGUUGGUGAGUCUUCGAUGUUGGGAAGUCAGGGAGGAGGGUGAGCAGGGAUGGCUGUGUGUGGGGGAGGACCGAAGGUCCAGGGGAGAGAAGCGUAUCAGGAAUGGCACUCACAGGAUUUCAGUUCACGGAAGCGGGCGAGCAAUGAUGUGGAGACCGAUGACGCUGAAAGGUUUUUUAUUUUAUUUGUCGAGGAGGUGGGAGCACGCCGUGUAACACAGGGCCACACGGGAGCAUCAGAUUUGGUUAGGAGGCAUAACCACCAGCAAAGGGAAUCAUUUUAGCAGAGUUUAUUUGACUUUGUGGGAGAAAUGCAGGAAGGGUAGGGCGAACAGCUUAGGGAUGGCUAUUCUGUAUAAUUUUAGUGUAUCUGGGGUAGAAGAGAUGGCCCUGGUUGUCUGGUACCUGGCCCUGGUUGAUUUAGGGUGGGGGGCGGGGGUGGUGUUGACUUGUGUGAGUCAGUGAAGGAGGUGGCUCAGAGUGUGGGCUCUGGGUAUCAGAGGAGAUCCAAACAGAUUUGACCGUCAGUUUAGCCCUGUAGUUAGUGGAUGGCCAAUAGAUAAAUGCAGAAUUCUCAGGACACAGUCAACAUAAGAAGCUGUUCAUGAGCCAAACCGAUCCAAUUCUGGCAGAGCCGCGUGGUCUUUGAGGACGUGGCCAUACACUUCUCCCAGGAAGAGUGGGGCCUCCUUGAUGGAGCUCAGAGACUCCUGUACCGUGCUGUGAUGAUGGAGAACUUGGCGCUUCUGUCCUCCCUAGGUUGUUGGCAUGGAGCACAGGACGAGGAGGCAUCACCGGUCAGGACUCCAAAGCCAGACUCUUCCGUCCAGGAGGCCCAGUGUGAGAAAGACAUGUUGCCCUCGGCUGAGCAGGAUGGAAUGUACUCUGAUCAGGAACUAUAUAUUUGUGAGGCAAACCGAAAGGAAUGGAUUGAAGACCAGUUUUCUAGAAGGGAGGAGGGGAGGCCUUCCUCUGCAAUGAACGACAGUGUUCACGUGGCAGAGAGUAGCUGCACGUGCUGCAAAGACGGAAAGGACUUUCCGGCCGGCACAGGCCUGCCCCAGCACCUGACCCCUCGCAGUGCAUUGAAACCACACAGGGACCCCGAGUGCGGGGAGGCCUUUGAAAGCGGACAGAGUGAUUACAAGUGCAUUCAGUGUGGGAAGGCCUUCAGGCAAAAACAGGUACUUGGUGAGCACCAGAAAAUCCACACUGGAGUAAGACCUUACGAGUGCAGCAAAUGUGGGAUGGCCUUCAUUAGAAAGUUCCACCUUGUUCAGCACCAGAAAAUCCACACUGGAGAAAGGCCUUUUAAGUGCAGUGAAUGUGGGAAAUUCUUUCGGUACAACUCCACACUCGUUAGUCACCAGAGAGUUCACACUGGAUUAAGCCCUUAUGAAUGUAGCAAAUGUGGGGAAUUCUUUAAGUACAAUGCCAACUUCAUGAAACAUCAGAAACUUCACAAUGGAGAAAGGCCUUAUGAAUGUAGAGAAUGUGGGAAAUUCUUUAGGUACAACUAUAGGCUCAUACGACACGAGAGGGUUCAUACUGGAGAAAGGCCUUAUGAAUGCAGCGAAUGUGGGAAAUUUUUCAGGUACAGCUCCACAUUCAUUAGGCAUCAGAGAGUUCACACUGCAGAAAAGCCUUAUGAGUGCAAUGAAUGUGGCAAGUUCUUUAGGUACAAUUCCACACUCAUCAAACAUCAGAGGGUUCACACUGGAGAAAGGCCUUAUGAGUGCAGGGAAUGUGGGAAAUUCUUUAGGUACACCUCUACGCUCAUUAGACAUCAAAGAGUUCACACUGGAGAAAGGCCUUAUGAGUGCAGCGAGUGCGGGAAAUCCUUUAGGUAUCACUGCAGACUCAUUAGACAUAAGAGGGUUCACACUGGAGAAAGGCCUUAUGAGUGCAGCGUGUGUGGGAAGUUUUUUCGGUACAACUCCAACCUUAUUAAACACUGGAGAAAUCACACUGGAGAGAGGCCUUAUGAGUGCAGCGAAUGCGGGAAAGCCUUUAGCCACAAGCAUAUACUUGUUGAGCAUCAGAAAAUCCACACUGGAGAAAGGCCGUAUGAGUGUGGCAAAUGUCAGAAGGCCUUCAUUAGAAAGUCCCAUCUCGUUCAUCACCAGAAAAUCCACAAUGAAGACAGAUCUAUGAGCACCAUAAAUGUGGAGAAGGCUUUAGCUACAACUCCAACCCAUUAGCGGAGAAUUACACUCGUAAAGCAACUUGUAAAUGUAAAUGCAGAGAAUAUGGUGAAUCUUUUAGGUACCACUUUAAACUCGUUACCCUGGAGAAGCACCUUAGAAGUACAGUAAAACCUUGGUUUGAGAGUAUAAUUCCUUCCAGAAACAUGCUUGCAACCCGGAGCAC